CAGCUUCAUUGUGCAGGAAUUCAACAAGGGCGAUGGCUCAUUUCUGUAUUUCAGACUUGUGUCUGUGAACAACUAAUUUCACCUCAAAGUUGAAGCUCUAUCAAGAUUUGAUCUCACAACUGACGUUGUAAUUUUGGUAAGAUGCGACUAGUCUGGAAGAAUGUUUGUGCAGAAACGUGUCACUCUGUAAAUUCAAGUGUGGAUAGCUGUGAAGAUUACUGCAGUCAGCUGCUGCAGACAGGAAUAACCACCGACUGCACUGUUUUACCGAGUUCCUCAGCAAGAUGCCUGCCCUAUUGGAUUACAAAUUAAUGACAAGUCCAGUAGGAAUUGUAAGAUUCUUUGAAAUCUUUCUCUCAUGUACAGCAUUCAGCCUGGUUGCCCAUAUUGGGCAAUACUCUGGUCCUUUUGGAGGUUGGUGCAUGUUUACAUGGUGCUUCUCAUUCGCGAUUUCAGUUCUGAUUGUUGUGCUGGAGCUGACGGCCCUUUACUCGAGAAUUCCGAUAUCCUGGGAUGAUUUCACUACAUCGUUUGCAAUGCUUGCUUUGCUGAUGAACUUAACUGCUUCGCUCAUUUACCCUACCAUUUUCCUCGAGUCGGCCAAUCAAAUGGACUUUAAAAUAGCUGCCACUGCUAUGUCUUGCUUGUGCUUUGUUGCUUAUGCAGUUGAAGUUGGCCUCACACGAGCAAAGCCUGGCGAAAUCAGUGGAUUUUUAAAGACCGUUCCCGGGCUCCUGAAAGUGUUGGAAGCUUUCAUCGCCUGUAUUAUCUUUGUAAUUGUCCAGCGCUCAUAUCAGGCUAACAGUGGCCGGCAGUGGUGUAUGGCAGUGUAUUGCAUAUGCUUUAUCAUCACUUUUUCCAUCAUCAUUUUAACCAUUGCAAAGCUCAUCACGAUGCUACCAUUUCCGUUUGAGAGAUUUUUGACAGUCUACAACAUUGUGGCUGUACUGAUGUACAUUACUGCAGCGAUCAUCUGGCCAAUCUUCUGCUUCAGUGCACGCUAUGGUCACUCAAACAGACCGUCCAACUGUGAAAGAGGAAACUGCUCUUGGGAUAAUCAAGUCGCAGCAACUGUUUUAACCUUCGCUAAUCUUGCUGUAUACAUUGUGGAUCUGGUUUAUUCUGCCAGAUUAGUCUUUAUUCCUCGAGUAUAAAGCUUCCAAAACUAUAUUCAUUAGCAAUGGAGAAAGAUAGCCUGGUUUGGUAAUCUGA